CGAAGCAGUCAACUGGAGUCAAACCCCUUCCCCCAUUUCCUCUCCGUCCUCCUCUCGCCCCCCUCCGCGCCGCGCCACGCCACGCCAUGGAUCCCGCCGACGACGACGGCCAGCACCUCGAAGGUACGCACCCGCCCGCAGGCCGCUCAUCUUCACCCGCCCCGGACACAGACGACGGCGGCAGCGGGUGGGGGAGCGACAAGCCGCCGACGCGCGCGGAGGAGGGGCGCAUCGCCGGGAAGGCCACCAUGGAACCCUCGCCGUCGCCGGAGUCCGCCAUCUCCGACGACGGACGCCCCCAAGUCGUCCUCUCCUCUCCGCCGGGCCCAGAAGACGGCGGCAGCGACGAUCUGACGCGCGCCGUGUCCCAGCUGACGCUCGCGGAGGCGGGGCUCACCGCCGGGAAGGCCGGGUCCGCCCCCCGCGUCGUGGAUCCCUCGCCGCCAGCCUCCACCGUCUCCUCCCAUGCUCACCAAGAUGACGACGAUGUCGCCGGCGUGAACAAGCGGACGCACGCGAGGUUCCUCGUCACCCACGCCGAGGCCGGGCUCAUCAUCGGGGCGGGCGGGUCCGCCGUCGCCGCAGUCGAGGCCCGCUCCGGCGCCCGGGUCAGGCUCUCCCGCCACGACGAGCUCCUCCCCGGCACCGACUGCAGGGUUGUGCUCGUCUCCGGCCUCCUCAGCCAGGUCAUGGAUGCCAUGGAGCUACUGCUCGAGAGGCUCCUUCACCAGGGUGGCCCGGCGUCCGACUCCGAGGCCACGGUAGUGCUUGUGGUGCCUCAGCCCUGCUGCGGCACGCUGAUCGGCAAAGGAGGAUCUGUUAUCAAGUCAUUCACUGAAGCUUCGGAAACUGCAAUUCAGGUCUCACCACAGAACGUCUCCUAUGGCUUCAAUGACAGGCUGAUCACUAUCACAGGACCCUUGGACAAUCGAUUGCGAGCAGUGUUUCUGAUAAUAUUUGAGCUCCUAGAGGACAUUCGUUAUUCUUUUGUACAUGCAGCUGCUACGCCAGACACUCCAAUGAGAUCACCUGUUAACAAGGACGCCCAAGAAUCUCUCACUAUUGCUGUUGCUGAUGAGUAUAUGGGUGCUGUUAUUGGUCGUGGUGGAAGGAUUAUCAAUGAGAUCAGCAAGGUUAGCGGAGCAUGGAUCGACAUCUCAGGCAAGGGGGAGUUCAUACCCGGGACUCGCGACAGGGAGGUGACUAUGAGCGGCACGUCAGAGGCGAUCCGCGCAGCCGAGGCGAUGAUCAUGCACCACGUCUCCGUGGCCAGCGGCGAGGGCGGCAACUUCACGUGGCGGAGGGUGGAGGGCAGAAGCGGCAAGGGUCUGCUUACCAGGCUGGAUGAGGAGGAGGAUGCAGUCGUGCAGAUGCAUCUGCUGAACUUGGGUGACGAGAGUGUGACACAGUAGGUAGUAGAUCGGACAGAGUAGACAGACAAGACAAACACAUCACAGGAAGGUAUGGAACCAGUAGAGUUUUGCGUCUCUGGUAGAGUGUCGAUUAAUCAAAUCAAUCGCUAGUUCAAUGGAUUAUUAGUCAGGUAAAUGGAUGGGAUCACUGAUGAUGGGAUGGCUAGGUUCUGCUGGUCAAUGCUGUUUGACCAAUUUUGCUUGUUAACGUUGGUCACAUUGGGAUCUUGGUGUUUGAAACAAUUUUAUCUCCCUUGACUUGA